AUGGUGAAAUACUACUUCUACCGGGGAAUGCUCCCUGAAAAUCAACAGAGGCUGCGAGACUUGAUAGCCCUUGCCUAUCAGACCGCAAGAGACAGAAAACUCUACCCCAAGGCCAUCCUCAUCAGAGACUUGUGGCCCAUGUCAUUAGAGACUUCGCUAACGUCGACUGGCAGGUCCAACGAGCACUCCAGUACCAGUCAAGGAGGCAUACACAAGCCGGAUCCCUUGGGUUGGCAUGUCACUCUCUGUUUCAAGGAUGACGUCCAGCUUGCCAGCAAUACCCAUGUUGCUUCUCAUGGCUACGUCAAGGGCAAAGGGGACUUGACUUUUCUUCAAGCGACUCAUUCGGGGGCGAAGCCAGACUCCCACUUGAAGUCGAAUGGAAAGCCGGUAUGGCCUUCUGAAAUGGAGUUAGAUGUUGCACCGGAGAUUGGGUAUGGUCACUUUCCAAGUGCUGGUAGUGGCUAG